UCUAAGAUUCUAUACGCUACUUUCAUUACUCCUACACCCCUCCCCCAGGAGACAGAUUUGUCUAUCAUCACCUUCAUGGCAUUGACACAUCCAGAUGAGAAUGUUAAUUAUGAUGAGACAUUCAUUACAAAUUCUCGAGGAUUGAAACUUUUCACUUGCAAAUGGAUUCCGGUGGACAAAGAACCCAAAGCUUUGAUCUUCAUUUGCCAUGGUUAUGCCAUGGAAUGCAGCAUCACCAUGAGCAGUACUGCAACGAGGCUUGUGAAAGAAGGCUAUGCAGUCUAUGGCAUGGAUUACCAAGGCCAUGGAAAAUCAGCUGGAUUGGAAGCAUAUAUACAGAACUUUGAUGAUAUAAUCAAUGAUUGCAGUGAUCAUUUCACAAAUAUAUGUGAGAAGGAAGAGAAUAAAGGGAAGAUGAGAUAUUUGCUAGGGGAGUCCAUGGGAGGAGCCCUGGCUCUUCUUCUACACCGAAAGAUGCCAGCCUUCUGGGACGGCACCAUCUUGGUUGCACCCAUGUGUAAGAUUGCAGAUAAUAUGAAGCCAUCUCCACCAGUCACUUUUCUUCUCAGAGGGAUUUGCUGGUUGGCUCCAACUUGGAAAUCACCAAUACACAGAGACAUUGUUGAAGUUGCAUUCAAAGAGCCAGAAAUAAGAGAAGAGAUUAGGAAGAACCCAUAUUGCUACAAAGGCCCACUUCGAAUGAAAACUGCCUUUGAGCUUUUGAGAGUUAGCUUGGACAUUGAGAAAAGGCUAGACGAGGUUAAACUUCCAUUCAUAGUUCUCCAUGGGGAAGAUGAUAAAGUGACUGAUCAACAAGUUAGCAAACAACUUUACAAUGUCGCUUCAAGCACAGACAAGACCCUGAAGUUGUACCCUGGAAUGUGGCAUGGUCUCCUCUAUGGAGAACCGUUGGAAAACAUCGAUAUCGUGUUUUUGGACAUUGUCAGAUGGUUAGAAGAGAGAACUAGCCUCGGAGAUUCAAGGUUGGAGAUGGAGAGGAAGCUUGAAAAUGAUCGUUUGUAUGUGACGAAGAUCAAUAAACUUUAAUUGAAGCUUGAUAACCAGAAUUUGGCUGCCCAUAAACUGUGAAAUGACCAUGCCGACCAACACUGUUUUUCUCAUUUUUAAAGGCCUGAAGAGCUGCAAUUUUUAUUUUUGUACAGCUUUAAUGGCAUAUUUUGCUUGUAGAUUCAUUUCCUGG